AUGGCUCUCAAGAGAAUCAACAAGGAGCUGACAGAUCUCGGUCGUGACCCUCCCUCUUCGUGCUCAGCAGGACCUAUCGGCGAUGAUCUGUUUCACUGGCAAGCGACUAUCAUGGGACCCGGUGAUAGCCCAUAUUCGGGAGGUGUCUUCUUCCUCGCCAUACACUUCCCUACCGACUAUCCAUUCAAGCCUCCGAAGGUCAACUUUACUACGCGCAUCUACCACCCGAACAUCAACUCCAACGGUAGCAUAUGCCUCGACAUUCUGCGAGACCAGUGGAGUCCAGCUUUGACCAUCUCAAAAGGUACUACAUACUGUUCCCGUUUUUAUGCGGAGGAAGUCCCAGUACGUGCGAGCUUAGCGCUAAUGAUGUGUGUCGUAGUGCUUCUCUCCAUCUGCUCCAUGCUCACAGACCCCAACCCUGAUGAUCCUUUGGUGCCUGAGAUCGCCCAUGUUUACAAGACAGACCGUCCGAGGUACGAAUCGACAGCGAGGGAAUGGACUAGAAAGUAUGCCAUCUAG